AUGGUGACAGCACGCAUUGAGGACGGCAUCGUCUAUUCGCCGUUCCCCGAGCAUCCUCCUGCUGAGAUUUCCAUGUUCGAAGCCGUACGCCGGUGCCUCAUCAAACACGGAGACAAGACUGCGCUGAUUAUUGACGAUGAGAAGAUCACGCACUCGGAGAUGCUCAGUAUGUUUCGAAGGUUCGCUGUCGGCUUCCAAAUGCAAGGCGUACGCCCAGCCGACCGAGUCUUCGUUCACCUUGAAAACUCCGUGGAGAGCUUUGUCGCUUUGUACAGCGUUAUAUUUGCUGGAGGUGUUGUCAUCCUCUCUGAUCCACAAUUGACAAUGGAUGAACUUUUACUCAGAAUGAGACAUGGAAAUGCAUCUCAUGUGCUGUCAAGCUUGAAGGAUUGUCAUAAGUUUCAGAAGAUAAAGGAAGAAAUGAAUCUCAAGAGCAUCUUCGUCGUAGGGAAGUCAGAAGGAUGCACGUCCACGUCAGAGUUUGCAACCCUGAAUGAGAAGGAGUUCCAAGAAGUGCCACUGACUGACGUCAAGAAAGAACUGGCCGCUCUGACUUACACAUCGGGUACCACCGGCAUCUCCAAAGUCGUUGAAGCAACCCAGUACAGCUUCGUGACCGCCUUAGAGCCCUCCAGGUUAGACAUAACUUUCGACGAGAGUGAAAUCAUCGCGACGUGGGGACAGUUAACGUUUACCUUCGGCUUCCGCUAUUUUCUGAGCAUCGUCUGCUCCGGUUCCACCGCCGUUGUUCUUUCACGGGACACACCAGUCCAGGAAAUGGUCGACACCCUCCGUAAGCACGAGGUCACAACUCUUUCCGGACCCGUCGUUGUACUGCAGCAGCUCAUUAAAGAAUUGCAAAGAACGAGCGCGAGGCUCGACAGCGUGACCAAAGUGGAGGCGUGCGGCGUUCUCCUCUCGAAACAGGCGACCAGGGAAAUUCUUUCCGCAUUCAAUUUGAAAGAGCUAAGGAACCCCUAUGGGGCCACGGAAGGUUGCGGCAUUAUCUGCACCACCCUGAAAAACAGGAUCGCUUGCGACACAAUCGGGUUUCCUGUGCCCAUGACUCAAAUAAAGGUCGUUGACACGGAGACAGGAAGAGUCCUCGGACCAGGAGAAAAAGGGCAAUUGCACAUCAGAUCGCCGGUGCUCCUGGCAAACUACCGCAACAACCCGAACCCCACUUCGGUUGUGUUUACCACUGACGGCUGGAUGAUAUCAGCUGGAGCAAAAAGUAACUCUCAUGUGCCUUCCACAGAUUUGGCUCAGGGCAAGACUCUCCUGGAGGUGGGCGUCGGACCGUUGGUCUGGUAUUCUUUCAUGUCCUCUAAUCGAUACAAGGACAUCGUGCUCAGUGACUUGGUCGAAGACAACAGGAAGGAGCUGGAGAAGUGGCUGAACAAAAGCGAAGAUGCCAUCGAUUGGACAGACCGUGCCGAGCAAGUCGCUGCCUUGGAAGGCUAUAGUGACGUCAAGAAGGGGGCGUCGGAAAUAAUGGAGCGCACACGCUUCUCCAUCCGGAAGGUGGUUCCCUGCAAUGUCCUGGAACCUGGAGUGCUCCCCGAAGAACACAGAAACCUUCGACGUCGUUCUUUCCUGCAACUGCCUGGAAAGUGCCACGGCGGCCACGAAUCCUUCCGAAGUGUGGUUAACAACGUCGGAUCACUCGUCAAACCCGGCGGCUUGUUCCUCCUGGGCGGUAUGAGUAGUGUGAAGAGUUUCUUUCCGAAAAAUAUCGGCGUUAAUGCGGAGGACCUCAGCGAGGAUCUGAUUAAAGGAGCAGUGACUAAUGCCGGGUUUCAUUUAAAAGUAUACCGCACCAAAAACAUUGAGAUUGCUGGGAACCCAGGUGCAUUCUCUUUUAUUCUAGCGGCCCAUCCGAACAACAUUUCGGAUUCCGUGCCCUCAACGGAAGACAUGGAUACCACCCAGGCUGACCUCACCCCCAUGGACGCUACCGCGGCUACCCCGGCUCUGCCCAGUAAGCAGCCCGAAAUCACCACUCUAAACUUCAGUGGCCCGCCGAGCUUUAAGGUCUACCUCAAGAUCUACAAAUACAAGCAUUCAAAUCCGCCAUUGGAGAUCGAUUUGACAUUCACCUCUAUCUACAACCGAACAAUCGUUUUGCAAACCUACAGGAAAUGCGCCGUUCGUCCAGACGACGGUGCUUGA